CGGUUGUCAGAAUCCCCCAGACGCGGCGGACGCGGCGUCAGAGAAGGGGAAGCUGUGUGGCCUUAGGUCGCCGUGGCCCGGGUGUCGGUGGGCUCCGGGUGGGCUCGCGUCAUCCUGCCCUGGCUGCGAUGCAUCCGCGGCGCCCCGACGGAUUUGAUGGCUUGGGCUACCGCGGUGGUGCCCGGGACGAGCAGGGUUUUGGCGGCGCCUUCCCUGCAAGGUCCUUCAGCUCCGGGUCGGACCUGGGCCACUGGGUGACGACUCCCCCAGACAUCCCCGGCAGCCGCAACCUGCACUGGGGCGAGAAGAGCCCGGCCUACGGAGUGCCCUCCGCCUCCACCCCGUACGAAGGCCCCGCAGAGGAACCUUUUUCCGGCUCCGGCGGCGGCAGCGUGCAGGGGCAGAGCAGUGAACAGUUGAAUAGAUUUGCUGGAUUUGGUAUUGGACUUGCAAGUCUCUUCACAGAAAAUGUACUGGCCCAUCCUUGCAUUGUUCUACGCCGCCAAUGUCAGGUUAAUUACCAUGCUCGGCAUUAUCAUCUCACUCCAUUUACAGUCAUCAAUAUCAUGUACAGCUUCAACAAAACUCAGGGACCAAGAGCCCUAUGGAAAGGAAUGGGAAGUACAUUUAUUGUCCAGGGUGUCACACUUGGAGCAGAAGGCAUAAUUAGUGAAUUCACACCUUUGCCAAGAGAGAUUUCACACAAAUGGAAUCCUAAACAAAUAGGAGAACACCUUCUACUGAAAUCUCUAACUUACAUAGUGGCAAUGCCAUUUUAUUCAGCAAGUCUAAUUGAAACAGUACAGAGUGAGAUAAUUCGAGAUAAUGCUGGCAUUUUGGAAUGUGUUAAAGAAGGAAUUGGAAGAGUGAUAGGCAUGGGAGUGCCUCAUAGCAAACGACUUCUUCCUCUUCUUUCCUUGAUCUUCCCUACGGUGCUUCAUGGAGUUCUUCAUUACAUCAUUAGUUCAGUUAUUCAGAAGUUUGUCCUACUCAUUCUAAAGAGAAAGACUUGUAAUAGCCACCUAGCUGAGAGUACUAGCCCUGUACAGAAUAUGCUGGAUGCUUAUUUUCCAGAACUUAUUGCUAACUUUGCAGCCAGUCUUUGUUCUGAUGUUAUACUUUACCCAUUGGAAACAGUUUUGCACCGCCUUCACAUUCAAGGAACACGCACAAUAAUUGACAACACAGACCUUGGCUAUGAAGUGCUUCCAAUUAAUACACAGUAUCAGGGAAUGAGAGACUGUAUCAAUACCAUAAAGCGGGAGGAAGGAGUGCUUGGAUUUUAUAAAGGGUUUGGUGCUGUUAUAAUACAGUACACACUGCAUGCAGCCGUUUUACAGAUUACCAAAAUUAUUUACUCUACACUUCUUCAAAAUAGCGUUUGAGAUUUAGGUUCCAUCACUGGUUAGUCCAGAAGAAAUAAUCUGGAUACUUUACUAUGAAAUUAUGAGGGAUAAAAGUGAAAUACUGGGGGAAAAAUGGAUUGGAAAGUGAAAUUGCUUUAAAAAAAAAAAGGCUAUGCCCAUGCUGAUUAUCUUGACUUUUCAUUUUUUAUAAGGAAUAGGUAUAUAUUUGGAUCACAGUGCUUCCAAAUUUGGAAACUCAAUAAAAGUAACACUUAAACAAAUUAAAUUCUAGUUAGCGAAAUACUCAUGCUGAAGUAAAAAUGAUCCUGGGCAGAAGUAAAACUUUAUCAAAUAUAAAACAAAAUUUCAUAGAGCUGAACCUAUUGGAAUAUUUGUUACGUGUUUAUUUUACCUUCCAGAUUGAUGUUAGUAUAUUAUCCUUAAUAUAAUCUGGAUAUUUUACUUUUGAGCAAAUAAAUUAUAUCAUCAUUGAAAAAGACUAAGAGGAUUAGAUUUGGCAAUCUGUAUAUAGGAGAUGAAGGAUUUUAAAUUGCAUUGUCCCUAUAUGACAAUUUUAAUGGCUGUAUAUAUGUAUUUUACAAAGCCAUUUGUAUACACACAUGUGACUUCGAAUUUCCUUCAUCUCUGUAAGUUUUCUAUACUUAGGUCAGCUUAUUGCAUACAAUUAAGUCAUGUAUUUUCUGCUUGAACAUCAGAAUACAGCAUAAAAGCCAAGGUACCCAAAUGAUGUUAAGUCAAAUGUAGCAUACUUGUCCAUAUCCAAACCCAGGAUUUCAGUGCCAGAAACUUAAAAAUUCGCCAUGUUUAUAAAGUUUGGUUUGUUUAGCUAGUUGUAUGAAUCGUCAGGCUACUUUUAGAGCCAAUCUUAAGAGAGAAUAUAAAAUAAUCAUGACAACUAUUACUGUUUCCACAUUUACAAAUUGUGUACUUAAAGGAACCUCAUUUGCCUUUCAUUUCUGAAUGACUUGUCUUAGAGGAAACAAAAUUAAAAUUCACCUGGGAAUUUGUGCCUCU